AUGCCAGGAGAGGACGAGCCACCGCCCGCCGAACUACAACGACUGGUCAACCACUGCGAGAGAUCAGGCCUCGCAAUAAUCAUCGGGGCCGACUCCAACGCACAUCACCCGCUGUGGGGAAUGAAGACCAGUAACAACAGAGGCGCUGAACCAACAUUUGUAAACAAACGAUGCAGGACGAUUAUCGAUCUGACUCUGGCGUCAGAGGAGGUCAGUGAACUAGUCAUGGGAUGGCACGUCUCCCAGGAGGCCUCCUGCUCAGACCAUAGAUGGAUUCGCUUCAAUCUACUAGCAUCUAGCGACACACCAACCGCCCGGAGGAAUCCCAGGAAGACGGACCGAGCCAGUUAUAGGAAGGCCCUAGGCGAAAGCCUUGAUCUGCUUCCACCGAGGGAUGACCUUCGGGAACCGGCUCAGAUAGAACAGCAGGUAAAUAUCUUAACCGAUACCCUCAUAGACAGCUACCACAAGGCGUGCCCCCUAAAACCACCGGCAAGGACUGCCAUAACGGGCCACCAGUGGUGGGGCCCUGAACUGGAGAGACUCCGGCGGAAAACCAGAAAACUCUUCAACAGGGCCAUGAACACAACGGCCGAGGUGGACUGGGACAACUACUACGAAGCCAAGGCCAGGUACAAGAAGAGAUUGCGGUAUUGGAGGUCCUUGUCAUGGAGGAACUUCUGUAGCAGCAUCGAAACACUAGACCAAGCCAACCGGGUAAGGAAAACCCUAGCGCACAAGCCCACAUCACAACUGGGCUCAUUACGAAAACCGGAUGGCACAUACACAUCUUCCCCUGCAGAGACCCAACGCCUACUCCUGGUAACUCACUUUCCAGGAUGUGUAAGUCUCGCUGAUGCAGAUCAGCCGGAAGAGGAAUACAGCACAACGGAUAACAACUGGCAAAUGGCGCGCAGAGUCGUCACCGCUGAGAAACUCAGGUGUCACAGACAGUCCCCUAUGCCGUGGAUGCAUGGAGAAGGAAGAAACAGCCUCUCACGUGGUGCUGGAAUGCAGCGGAGUGGCCCCAUACAGGGCAAAACAUCUCGGAUCCCCGAGAGAUCUCCCCGAGGUCCUAUACUCAACAUCAAAGGUUUGAUAGGAUUCCUCGAGGAGCUGGGCUGGCAGGACUAG